CACAGGAUGGCUAAAGAUUACAAUAUUACCUUAACAAAUGGCAAAGUGAAGAGAAACAGGCUCAGGAAUGCAAUUAUCGCAGUUGUAUUAGCGAUUAUAGCAGUUGCCAUAGUGAUUACAUUAAUUGUAGUGUCGCUACAACAACAGACAGAUCCAGCGUUUGAUUCAGCUGGGGAUCCAUUAAAAUAUUUCAAACUGGAUGAUGCCAUGAAGGUCACAUGGUACCAUGGAGCCAAUAGCAAAGCUCAGAUCCAAGAGGCCCUUGCGGGGAAUUACAAAAUGAUUGAAGGAGAUAUAGUAUAUAGGUACCAGGGACUGACCAAUCAGACAUCAGAGCUUAUAAUGGCCCACCCGCCAAAUAUUGACAGCGACCUGACAUUGAGCGAGUGGUUAAAUGACAUACUCAACAGAAAUGACAAGGCACCAAAACUUGACUUUAAAAAUGAAGAAGUCGUAGCCCCAUCCCUACAGAUGUUGAAAGCCAAGGGGAAAAAGGUGUCACAGCCAGUGUGGGUGAAUGCAGAUCUAGUAAAGGGGCCUGGGGGAGAUGCUCCAAACUUUAAUGCUGCAAGGUUCUUCACAGCCGUCAACACACAUUUCCCACGUGUGACUUUGUCACUUGGAUGGACCACUAGUCACGGCUAUAACUACACAAAACAACACAUUGAAUCACUAUGGCAACUCAUACAGAAUGUGACUCAGCCAAUAACGUUCCCAGCAAGAGCAUCGUCAUUCAAAUAUGCCUGGACACAUUUUAAAUGGCUGCUCGGGAAAUCUAAUGGGUACACUAUAACUGCAUGGACACCCGCGAGUGCAGAGGUAUCAUGGGAAGGUGCCGAUCCUUAUGAUUUACUUUACGUCAGGAACGAUUGCGAUAAGAAAAAGAUAUAUUACGAUCUGAAAGGUCCAAAAUAUGUCAUAUUUCAACAGUUGGCUGAAACGGCAGGUAGCUUGUUUAAUUAUCUGCCCGGACUAGCGGCAGAGAGAGAUGGGGUUAAAGUCACAUGGGCACAUGCAGCAAAUAGCAAGCAGCAACUUAAGAAUGCUCUUAACAGUGAAGUUAUGAUGCUUGAGGCUGAUGUUCUUCUAAGGGGCCAGGGAACAGCCAACCAGACAGACAUUCCAAUAAUGGCACAUCCUCCCCUGAUUGAUAGUGAUAACACAUUAGAAGAAUGGCUGAAAUCUGUAAUACCCUCAAACAAGGGAAUUAAACUGGAUUUUAAAUCUAUUGAAGUAUUCGAACCAUCCCUCAAGAUUUUGAAUAACUCAAAAACAAACCUGAAGAGACCAGUUUGGAUCAAUGCAGAUAUACUUGCGGGUCCUAAUGGUAAAGCACAACCUGUUAACGCUACAGAAUUCAAGCGCCUCGUUUUGAAAUAUUUCCCAGAAUGCACUUUAUCAAUUGGUUGGACAACAGGUUAUAACAACUCUGGAGUGAAUGAGAUUUACACAAGAGGUAUGGUACAAGAAAUGGCUGACUAUGCCAAGGAGUUUAAACAACCAAUCACAUUUCCAAUAAGAGCCUCCCUAGUCAAGGCAUCAUGGGAAAACUUGUCGUACCUUUUGGAUCAGUCUCGCUCCUAUACACUCACUAUAUGGAGCUCUAAGAAUGAUAAUGUCAACUCAGAUGACAUGGUGUAUGUCAGGAAUAAUUAUGACAUCGAUAGGAUUUAUUACGAUUUACCUGAACCAUUGUUGUCCGAUUUCCUCAGAAAAAUAAAGAAAUAACAAGGCAUUAAAAUGCAA